GGAGGGGGGUUGGGGGACCGGAGCGCACGGCUUGUGAACGGCCGGCCGGUCCAGCUGCACUCUCUCCUCUCAGCUGCCUCGGGGGGGGGGACUGAAUUAUUUCAAAACAACCACGGCAAGAGGAGGUGUACUGUUGAACGAGGGAGCCUGAUUGAGAGGGUAAGAAGAUGAUGGUCGACUUUUGGGACCCGCUGUAAGGACAGAAAGGAGGCGAGAUGGCAGUGCAUGUCUUCAAAUGCCUGCGCCGGCCCGGGCGCUAGAACAACAGUGAGAGGUAGUGUGUUUGUAGGGCCACACAGUGUUUGGACAGGAGAGUUAUGGAAUAUGAGGAGCCCGACGUGCCCCCAGCUGACACCCCCAUCAAAAGAGACGGAGCCGUGUCCAAGAAGACUCAUUUGACCCAAAUUGAAGUUAUCCCAUGCAAGAUCUGCGGUGACAAGUCCUCUGGAGUGCAUUAUGGAGUUAUCACCUGUGAGGGCUGCAAGGGAUUUUUCCGGCGUAGCCAGCUGCCCACCGUAUCCUACUCCUGCUCCAGGCAGAGUAACUGUCAGAUCGACCGGGCCAGCCGCAACCGCUGCCAACACUGCCGUCUGCAGAAGUGCUUAGCGCAGGGCAUGAGCAGAGAUGCGGUGAAGUUUGGACGGAUGUCUAAGCGCCAGCGGGACUCUCUGAUUGCUGAAGUGGAGAGGCACCGACAGCAACAGCAGCAGCAGCAACAGCAGCAGCUUCAGGCAGACGCUCAGUCUGUUUUGUCCUACCCCAACAAGGCCCGUCAAGACCGCUCCCCGCAGCUCCUUCAGCCCAUGGCUUCAGCCUACACCUUCACUGGGGAGGCUGGACUUCUGUCCUACACUACUGAAGUUCACCCUUACCUGAUGUGCUCCCCGAACGACUCGCAGGUGUCAGACAUGAUCUAUCGAAGCUCCGGUGUCUCUCCCUCAUCUAGAUCCCAGGGGAGGGGGGACAACAGCGGAAACUCUGACGUAAGAGUAUUUGACUCCAGACAGCCACCUCAUGAUCUGAUGGCGAUUCAUCCUUACAACCCACUGGAGGAUCCUUACAGCCUCUAUCCUCACUCUCUGCGUAAUAUAGAUGAGCUGUGUGCCAGCAUUGUGCGUUCCCACAGAGAGACCUGCCAGUACAGAGUGGAGGAGCUGCAAGCUCUCAGAUGGAAACUGUUCAGCAGGGAGGAGAUCCAAGCCUACCAGAGCAAAUCAGUGGAUGAGAUGUGGCAGCACUGUGCCAUUCGACUGACUGAUGCCGUGCAGUAUGUGGUGGAGUUUGCAAAACACAUCCCAGGUUUCCGUAUGUUGAGUCAGAACGACCAGAUUGCUCUUCUUAAGACUGGUUCUAUGGAGGUGGUUCUGGUGAGGAUGAGUCGGUUCUUCAACACAGAGAACAACACUGUCUUCUUUGAUGGGAAAUUUGCUGGAACUGAAGUCUUCAAGUCUUUGGCAUGUGGCGAUUUAAUCGCAGCAGUGUUUGACUUUGCUCAUGGCAUGUGUGCUUUAAAGCUCACUGAGCAGCAGAUUGCUCUCUUCAGUGCUCUGGUGCUGAUCAAUGCAGAUCGGCCAUGUCUGGAGGAUAGAGGCAGGGUUCAACGAGUGCAAAGAAGUGUGGAGUUAGGCCUCACACACAUUCUACACCGAGACCACCAACAAAGUCUAAUGCAUAAGCUGCACCAGAGGAUGGAGGUGUUGCGUUCGCUGUGCAGUCUGCACAUGGAGAAGCUGCGCUGGUUCAGUCAGCGUUACCCGCUCACCGCUCACUCUAUGUUCCCUCCACUCUACAAGGAGCUGUUCGCCUCUGAGGCAGAGCUGCUGCCGGGGACCACUCAAUGAUAAUUCAUGAGAAUAUGGAAAGACACAUUUGUACAUACAUACACAUAAUUUUAAGUCUCAUCUUCUCGACAGAAACUAUUUUUCUAAAAAUGGGAAAUGAAUAAGACAAGCACAAUAGUCAUAGGGUGUUCACUAUUACAUCACGUCUACAGAGCUUUUUGAGGUAGAUUAUGUCAAACAUAAAUUUCAGUAUUUUGAUAGUUUAAGACUAUUUUUGAUUAUUCCAGGGAAACAUGUAUUUUGUUGUUCCUUGAUGAUACUAUGUCUGAGUACAUUGUCAGUGGGGUACAGGUUUCAUUUUCUCUCAGGUUGUGCUGUUGUGAUUCUGUGUUACAGUGUGUUCAGACAUAUAGAUUCAAACAGGCAGGACACCAAUCAUUGUCUUUUGAAACUUGAAGUCCACUUUAAAGCCCACCUAAAAACUAAACCGCGAGUAUCACCGCCUACUGAAUUGGAAGGUGGCUUUAAAAAGGUAUUUGCCAGCAGCUUGGAUUCACAAUAGUUACUUCAGUGAUGACUCAGUUUCACCGUGGAAAAAAAAAAGUAUCAAAUCAUCCAUAGAAACUUUAAAACCACUCAAGCAGCAUAACUUUCUCCUCUGUCCAUUCGUGUACCAGAGGAUGGAGGUGUUGCAGGCCCAGUAUGUUGCAGACAUCAAUAUUCUUGUAAAUACGGCUGCUUGUUAAGUCCUUAUACACCUCAUCCUGUGUUUGAUCCCCAAAAGAUAGAUUUUGGCUGUAGGUGGAAACUCUUGAGAGAGCACAUGGGGAGUUUGAUCUCAGUUGUUCCCAAACAAUCUUUUGGUACUUCCCCAGUCUUUAAGGAGCAUUCAAAAUAGUGUGCGCCCACAACAAGUGAUGCAUUGACGCAGUUAAUCUUGCAGCUCAGCAUGAUUGUUAUGUGAUAUUGUUCCAGUAAUGUUGGGUAUUUCAAGGUAAUUAUCCUGCGAAACAAGAAUUUCCUGCUAAGGAUAAAAAAUAAAUUUGUCAAAUGCCAGUUAACUUUAUGAUCGCCCCCCUCUGUUUCCCACAGUGUGGCAAUCUCAGAAAACGAUUGCCCAAGUAGAGCUGAAACACUCCCAAAAAGCAAAAGACAACCUGCCUCUUUUGUAUCUGUAUGUCUAUAGAGAAAUGUUUCUCCUCAGGUUGAUGUUGUCACAGAUUGACUAAUGAAUUCUACAGAGCAGCAGUACCUCUAAAAUGUAAUCCUUUGUGUUUAAAAAGAAAUCCUUACAGGCUUUUAUAUCUUUUGAGCUUUGAAAAGAUGUGUUGCAUUAAAUGUAGAAAAAAAAAGAUAUAUUUGGAGAUAUAAAAGAACUAGACGUCUCUUCCUCUGUGUGCAAAUUGUUCCUUUUUUUCAGAUUAACAAUGCAUAUGUUUUGUUUUCUCUACAUACUUUUGAAUAAAGCCACGAGUAAAGAGGAAACGUUGAGAGGUUUCAGCAUUAAAGUACUGUAUGUCCAGAUGUAGCCCUCUCUGUUCCUGGAGCAGAUGAGAUUAUAAUGAAGAUGAUUCCAUGUAAAUCUUCAAAUAAACUGCUGAGGCUGUGACACCAA